GGUGAAAUCGCAGAAGAAUUGGAACAGAUUUAUUACUUAAAAGAAAAUAAAAUAUUUUUAAAGAUUAGUGCUGAAACAAAGUGGCAAAGUCAAUAAGGUGUGAAGAAAAGAAAAUUUAAAUAUUAGAAAUGUGAAGAUUUGCGCAACCAAAGAUUUCUUUUUCAUGAAUUUUUUAAAGUUUUACAUAAAUAAUUUCUAAAUAAAAGAGAAGUUUAAAAAGACUUUACAAAUGUUGUCCUGUCUGGUGCCUCGUUUUGGACAAGAAGAUAUGCCGUCAUCAACAAAAUUUGACAUACAAUUUCAGCCAUUGGCGAUUGCACGUAAUGACGACGACUCUUCACAUCAAAAUGAAUUUAUUAACUGCACUCAUUGUCAACUUGAGUUCUCUAACUUUCAAUCGUUAAAAGAUCAUAUAAUGCAAGUACACCAACCAACAUCCGAAGCACCGAAUAUGUCAAUAAAUGGAAUGACACACCAACAGCAACAACAUUUCUCACCACCACCUUCGUUACUAUCGCCUGGACAAUUCUCAUACAAUGUAACUACAGGUGUAAACGAAGGUGGGCGUCAAUCGAACAGUCCAAAUAAUUUGAAUACUCACGCAUGCUCUUACAAUCAGUGCUCCGCCUCAUUCCCAACAUUAGAAUUAUUAGAGAAGCACGAAAUGAUCCAACAUUCAUCAGGUGCUACAAAUGUGUGUUGUCGAUUGUGUCACAAAACAUUUGCAAAUGUUUAUCGACUACAACGUCAUAUGAUUUCACAUGAUGAAUCAGCGUUAUUAAGGAAAUUUAAAUGCACCGAUUGUGAUAAGGCUUUCAAGUUUAAGCAUCAUUUAAAGGAACAUCUUCGUAUUCACAGCGGAGAGAAACCUUUUGGAUGUCCAAAUUGUGGCAAACGAUUCUCACAUUCGGGAUCAUAUUCCAGUCACAUGACCUCUAAGAAAUGCAUCAGUAUGGGAUUAAAAAUGAACGGUGGUGCAGGAAUGGCGCCAAAUGGUAACAACAUUAUGAUGAAUGGUUCGAAAAUGAAAUCAGAAAAGAAACAACAACUUUCGAUGGCAUCGACAUUAAAUCAAUCACAUUUGUCGAAUGCAGGAAAGUUCUUAAGCAAUUCAAAUUCUUUUCUUCCAAUGCUUCCAAACAUCCCAAAAUAUGAGGGUUACGAUGUGAUGAAUGCAGCAUUUCUUGCAACGCUUUCGCAUCCAUUCUACUCAAUGGGAUUAAAUCCAAAUCUUAAUCCUUAUCACAUUCAAAACUUACUCAAACUCACCGGUGUUCACAAUCUUAAUCCACCGAUGGAUGAAGAGAAGACAAAUGAAGAACAUAAAAGUCCAAAUCAACAUUCUAAUCCCGAAGAUUUAAUUGAAGAAGUGAAUGAGAAUGACGAAUCUAAACUUGUCAUGGAUUUAAAGGACGAAGAAGAAAAAAUUGCGAAGAUUCAAAGAGAAAAGUUUGAUGAUGGAAAUGAUGAUGAAGACAAUGAUGAUCCGAUGAAUAAUGAAGAAACUUUAUUAACACAUGAAUCACGUGAAAAAUCUCAAUCACCGAUUAUUAAACAAGAACAUCAAAAUUUUGAUGAUUCGGGGAACGACUCACUACGCUGUCAGCAUUGUGAUAAAGUUUUCAAUCAUCCGGCUGAACAUUUGCAACAUGAGAAGAUUUUGUGUAAUGCGAUGUUGAUGAAAAAUCAUGAAGGAAUCAUGGCUCAUAUGAAUGAGUCACUGAAUUCAUCAAAUAAUAAUGGUUGCAGUGAAGAUGAUAACGAUGAUCGUGACUCAAAAAUUUCCACAGAAUCUGAUCGUAAAGUUCGAGUUCGGACAGCAAUUUCCGAUGAACAGCAAGCAAUUUUGAAAGAAUUCUAUGCGAUUAAUGCACGACCAAAUCGUGAUGAUUUCAGGAACAUUGCACAACGAUUGAUGUUGGAUCCACGUGUUGUUCAGGUUUGGUUUCAAAACAAUCGAUCGCGUGAAAGAAAACAGAAUGGAAAUCGCGAUUGUCAGUUUAAAGUGAGUGAUGAACAGCCUUUAGAUUUAUCGAUGAAGAAAGAGAUGAAAACGGAAACGCCAACAACUUCACCACGUUACGGAAUUGUUCCUCAUCAACAUUCUUCCGAAGAUGAUCAAGUUCUUAAUUUGAGUCGUAAAAUGACGCCAUUCUCACCAAUCUUCCAACCAACUUACAACGCUGAUUUCUUGACGCGACAAAUUCCAUCACCAAACGAGGCUGUGCCUCGAAUGACAAACAUUCGCAACGGGUACCAUUUGCCACUUGGCUUACCACUCGAACGUCUGCUUCAAUUUACACCAGAAAUGAUUAUGAUGAAACAAGAUCAACGUGGAAAUAGUUUGAGUCCCGGAAGUUCUGAAAAGCGUUCAUGGAAAGAUGAAGAAAGUCGUUCUUUCGACGAAGCCUUGAAUCAAUCACACCAACAUUAUCAAACACAACGCCGAAUGCCUAAAAUGAAAUCGGAAAUUCCACCCGAUUCUGAUGAAUUCAAUUUCGUUUGUGAUCUUUGUGAUAAGGCUUUUCGAAAGCAGAGUUCAUUGGCUCGUCAUAAAUAUGAACAUUCUGGUCAGCGACCAUUCAAAUGCACCGAGUGCCCCAAAGCCUUUAAGCAUCGUCAUCACCUUACUGAACACAAACGUUUACACUCAGGUGAAAAGCCUUUCCAAUGCGGCAAAUGCUUAAAACGAUUCUCUCAUUCCGGCUCAUACAGUCAGCACAUGAACCACAGGUAUAGUUAUUGCAAACCUUAUCGAGAUUAGUUAAUGAUGCAACGCUGGCAAAAGCAUCAUGAACAACUGAAAUUCAAUCAAAUUUUGCCGCCGUUUUAAAGAAAGACAUACAACGCGACUAGAUAUUAAAAUAAUCACAAAGUUGAUGAAAUGAAAUUCCAUUUCCAUAAAGUUUAGUUAAAAAAUUUGUUAAACAUAAAUAAAGCUCAAGCAUCCCUUGUUCAUCCACCUCACAUUGUCCCAGUCGAAAUAAUAAUUUUUCGUACUUAAAUCAUUGAGAACAAGAAAAGCAAAGAAGAAAAAGAAGUCAAAGCAUCUUCAUCAUAAUUCUUACAUCUAAUUAACUGUUCAUUGUAUUUUUCAAAACUAUAACCACAAAUAAUAAUAAUAAUAAUAA